AUGACACCACUGCCACACCGAAUGUCCCAUUCUGUCUGCUUUCUUCCCAGUGUUUACCUUGCAGAAGGCUCUGCUUCUGCACACCCCUCCUUUCCCAGCACCCCAGACUUUUCCAGCAAGACACUCUAAAAGUCUAGCCUUUGUGCGAAAGAUGCCAAACUUGAGCUUGUCAUGUCCCUGCCCCCCUCCUGGACAUGAAGACCCCUCCACCACCCAGUCCUGAGCCAGAGGAACAGGAGGGGAGGGGCAGGCAGGGAGUGACCAGAAUAACUUAGACUCUGGAUAAAUUUAGCCACAAGAAGGGGAGGGGACAGACCCCAUUGGCCCAGCAGUGGGGAAGGGAGGUCCUGGAACCAGGGUCACAGCUCCAAAGGGGACAUCCUCAGAGGGUCAUCCAAGACCUAAGAAAGAUAGAGAAGCAGAGUGGAAGCCGCACCACAAAAAAGAGACAAUCUGAAAGUCAAAGCCAAAAAAGGCACAAGGACCCAUCAGAGGCAGCUGAAGCCAGCCUGGUCAGACGCUCAGCUGCUAAACGAACGUCCCCAUGGGCUUCCAGGGGCCAUGGUUGUACACUUGUCUCCUUUGGGCCACAGUGGCCAUCCUGCUGGUCCCUCCAGUGGUGACCCAGGAGCUGAGAGGGACUGGGCUGGGCCUCGGCAACUGGAACAACAACGCAGGUAUCCCUGGGUCCUCAGAGGACCUAUCAACCGAGUAUGGUCACCACAUCCACAGCCACGGGGCCUAUCAAGGUGAGAAGGACAGACACCACAGAGAAGAAGAUGAAGACUUCUCCAGGGAAUAUGGCCACCAAGUCCAAGACCACAGGUACCCUGGCCAUGAAGUUGGGGAGGAGAAUGUCUCCGAAGAGGUCUUCAGAGGGCAUGUUAGACAGCUCCACGGGCACCACAAACCUAACAGGGAAGAUGUAGGGGACUCAGCAGAGAACCACUUCCCCAGACAGCAGAGCCACAACCGUGAAGAUGAGGACGGCGUUGUCUCUGGUGAGUAUCACCGUCACAUCCCCAGGCAUGACCACCAUGGCAACAGAGAGGAGGAGGAUGAUGGAGAGGAGGAGGAGAGGGUGGGAGUGAUGGAGAACUCUGAUGAUAAGCACCAGGCCCACGGCCACCACAGCCACUCAAAAGAAAGAGAUGAACUCCAUCACGCCCACAACCACAGGCACCAAGGCCACCAUGAUGAAGAUGAUGAUGAAGAUGGUGUCUCCACUGAGGAUGAACACCAAGCUCACAGAGAUCAAGACCACGAUGAGGAAGACAAUGAGGACUCAGAUGAAGAGAGUCAUGCCCACAGACUUCAAGGCCAAGAAGAUGAAAAUGAUGAUGAAGAUGGUGACUCCAGUGAAAAUGGACACCAGACCCAGGACCACCAAGGCCAUAAAGAACAAGAUGAUGAUGACCAUGAUGAUAACAAUGAAGAAGAAGAAGAAGAAGAAGAAGAAGAAGAAGAAGAAGAAGAAGAAGAAGAAGAAGAAGAAGAAGAAGGAGACUCCACUGAGCACAGGCACAGGCACCAGACCCAAGGCCACAGGAAGGGAAAAGAUGAGGAUGAGUCAGAUGAAGAUGAUCAUGUCACCCGGCAUGGCAGCCGAGGCCAUGAAGAUGAAGAUGAUGACGAUGACGAUGACGACGACGACGAUGAUGAUGGUGACUCUACUGAGAAUGUGCACCAAGCCCACAGACCCAGAGGCCAUGAGCACGAAGACGAUGGGGAUGACUCAGAAGAAGACUACCGUCAUGUCCCCAGCCAUGGUCACCAAAGCCAUCGAAAUGAGGAAGAAGAAGAUGAGGCUGUCUCCACUGAACACUGGCACCAGUCUCCUAGACAUGCUCACCAUGAUCUUGGACGUGAGAAUCAAGAAGAGGCAACAGUCAAGUACAGCCGCCAUGUUGCAAGCCAUCGACCCCAAGGCCACAGUGCCGAGGAGGAGGACUCUCUAGAAGACUCUACGAAUGAAGUCCCUGGACAUCACCACCACAGAGUCUCCAGGGAUGGCGAUGAAGACAUUUCUACUGAGUUUGGCCACAAGGCCCCCAGACACAGGCUACAAGAUCAAGAUGAAUGGACCAGGUGGGGUCACAGAAAAUCUGUUCAGGAAGACAUUGGUCAUCAGCCCCUACAGCCCACAGGUCCUGGUUCUGGAGAAUCAAGGAAGGAAGAUGACCACAGCUCUCAAGAGGGAGAUGAGGACUUAGAGCAGAGACAAGAAGCCCACAGUGAGGAGGAGGAGGAGGAAGAAGAGGAGGAAGAGGAGGGUCAUGGCCUCCCCAUGAGCCUGGAAGAUGAAGAAGAGGAAGAAAAAGAUAAGAAAGAGAGCAAGGGAGACAGGGCUGCAGUUUCGGCUCCACUGAGUCAUCACAGGAAGCAUGAUGAUGAUGACGAUGACGACGACGGUGAUGAUGAUGAUGACGACAAUGACGACGAUGAUGAGAUCCUGGAGGAAAACCUGCUACCUUUCACCAUUAUCCCAAACCCACUGGCUGGGAGGGAGGUGGCCAGAGAAGGUUCCAGUGAGGAAGAGAGCCGUGAGGUCACAGGUCAGCAGGAUGCCCGGGAGUAUGAGAACUACCAGCCAGGGUCCCUGUGUGGCUACUGUUCUUUCUGCAACCGAUGUAGUGAAUGUGAAAGCUGCCACUGUGAUGAGGAGAACAUGGGGGAACACUGUGACCAGUGUCAGCACUGCCAAUUCUGCUACCUCUGCCCGCUGGUCUGUGACACGCUCUGCACUCCAGGUGAGCAGCAAAGAGGGAGAGUCAGACACCCACAGAGGGGGAAGGGCCCAGCAAAGUGAAUCCUAGUGGGGUUGGAGCCAACCUGAGCUGUGAACCAAGGCUGUGGUCUGCGGUUAAACGGGUAGGGUAGGGGUGUGGCCAUGGCAAAGGUCCUGUGGGCAGAAUCUGAUAUGGCUUAGAUUGAGGUAAUGUUGAUGGGUAGUCCUAGAAGUGAGUGGGUGGGACCAAAGUAAAUAGAUACCAAGGGGUGGGGCAACCCGGAGGGUCCAAAGCAAGAAGGGUGUGAUUCAGUUGAGGUGGGAACUAGAAGGGGGCUGGGCACAUUUCUGCACUUGCCCUGAGUGUUCCCCUACCAUGCCCCUCCUGGAGGCCUCGCAAACCUCUCCUCUCUCUGCUCCCUCACAGGAAGUUACGUUGACUAUUUCUCCUCCUCUGUGUAUCAGUAAGUGUGUGGGGCUGGGCUGGGAGAUGAUGCAGUUCAAGGGACCCGUUUAGAGGAGGGUUGGCCCACUGUGAGCUAAAGAUCCACCCUGGACUCCAUGUUCUCUUCUCAUGUUCAUGAUGAGGGUCAUGAUGGUCAAGUGGCUUCUGCACACUGACUAACUAACCUUCUUCCUGUUCUCCUGUCCAGAGCUGUGGCUGACAUGCUGGAGACGCCAGAACCCUGAUCUGGCCACCUGGCAAGAGCUGCAUCUAUUUCUCUGAAUAAAUGUGCUCCUAGAAACAUCA